UGAAGUUCUAGAGAACACCUGUAAAAUCGAAAUUAAGGAUGAACCUAUCAGGGAAAGUACAAAUGAUACAUUUGAUUAUUUAGACGGUAAUAUAUGUUCUAUAAAAGCUGAAAUCAAACAAGAUGAUGUAGAGAGCUCUUCGGGUGUAAUUUGAAACGGAUUCCCGACCCACUCAUAACUAUUAUGUUUCUCUUCUAAUGACACGAAAACAGCUGCCAGUAACCUCUUAACACAUGCUACAACUGACAAAAAUUUGAAGCAAUAUAUAACUUCCACUACCAAUGUGAACACUGGAGGACAACGUUUUAUAUGUAUCAUUUGCAAGAAACCAUUUUCAAACAAUUAUCGUUUAGAACUACAUAUGAGGAUACACACUGGUAAAAAACCUUUUGCAUGUGAAAUUUGCACUAAACAGUUUUCAACCAAGGGUAAUUUAAAAGCACAUAUGACAGUGCAUACGGGUGAAAAACCAUUUGAAUGUGAAAUUUGCAAUAAACAGUUUUCAAAAAAACAUUAUUUGAAAUUGCAUAUGAGAGUGCAUACUGGUGAAAAACCAUUUGAAUGUGAAAUUUGCAAUAAACAGUUUUUAAGAAAACAUUAUUUGAAAUUGCAUAUGAGAGUGCAUACUGGUGAAAAACCAUUUGAAUGUGAAAAUUGCACCGAACAGUUUUCAACAAAGGCACAUUUAAAAUUGCAUAUGAGAGUGCAUACUGGUGAAAAACCAUUUGAAUGUGAAAUUUGCCACAAACAGUUUUCAACAAAACAUGUUUUAAAAUUGCAUAUGAGAGUGCAUACUGGUGAAAAACCAUUUGAAUGUGAAAUUUGCACCAAACAGUUUUCAACAAAACAAGUUUUAAAAUGGCAUAUGAGAACGCAUACUGGUGAAAAACCAUUUAAAUGUGAAAUUUGCAAUAAACAGUUUUUAAGAAAACAUAAUUUGAAAUUGCAUAUGAGAGUGCAUACUGGUGAAAAACCAUUUGAGUGUGAAAUUUGCAACAAACAGUUUUCAACCAAACAAGUUUUAAAAUUGCAUAUGAGAACGCAUACUGGUGAAAAACCAUUUAAAUGUGAAAUUUGCAAUAAACAGUUUUUAAGAAAACAUUAUUUGAAAUUGCAUAUGAUAGUGCAUACUGGUGAAAAACCAUUUGAAUGUGAAAUUUGCAACAAACAGUUUUCAACAAAAUCACCUUUAAAAAGGCAUGUGAGAGUGCAUACUGGUGAAAAACCAUUUGAAUGUGAAAUUUGCAAUAAACAGUUUUCAGCAAAACAAGUUUUAAAAUCACAUAUGAUAGUGCAUACUGGAUUUUAAAUAGAAGAACGGCUUGAAAGUUUAGAAAAUCAAA